GUAUUCUUGAUUAAUAAAAACUUCACCAAGAUGAUUUGGAUGGUUAAUCAUUUUACAGGAAACUAAAGCGACAGAAAAUUUAUUGCUAGUUAUUGUUAAAGAAUUAGAUGGGCUUAAAUUAUUUGUAAAGAUUUAUCAAUUUCUUCUGCGUGUAAACAAUCUUUUUCUUCUUACAAGGAGAGAGAGAAGAGAGAACAACCAUGGAGGUUAGGCCGUACACAGAAGAUUCAACAAUGUUGUAUGAAGCAGCAAUGAGGGGCUGCAUCACAACCUUGCGAGUUUCACUUACCCACUUCACUGAAACACCUUUGCACAUUUCAGCUUUGCUUGGCCAUCUUGAUUUCACCAUAGCUAUUCUUGAAAGAUGUCCUAAAAUGGCCUCAGAAUGUGACUCGUUAAGAAGGUUUCCUCUUCACUUGGCAUCUGCUGAGGGCCAUACUCAGAUUGUCAAAGCUUUGCUAAUUCAAGACAAAGACGUUUGCUUGGCUCGUGAUCAAGAUGGUAGAACUCCUCUCCACUUAGCUGCCAUGAGAGGCAGAGUUGAAGCAAUUCAAGAAUUGGUUUGUGCAAGUUCUGAGUCCAUUUCAGUGCUUCUCGAUGGAGACAGAGUCUUGCAUCUGUGUGUAAAAUAUAACCAUUUGGAUGCUCUGAAGUUAUUGGUCCCCAUGCUUAAUGAUGAUUUUAUCAACUUGAGAAAUCAAGAUGGCAAUACCAUCUUGCAUUUAGCCGCCAUGCUAAACCAAUUGGAGACUAUAAGGUACCUCCUUUCAUUACCUGAAGUGAAAGAAAGACUGAAUAACUUAAAUGGAAUGGGUUUGACAGCCCUGGAUUUGUUAGAGCAGUGUCCAAGGGACUUCAAAAGUCUAGAAAUUCGAGGUGUUUUAAUGGAAGCCGGUGCUGAAAGAGCAGUAAAUCUAAACAGCAAUCUUUCACCGCAACCAACUAGUGCAAUUAUAUCUAUUGCACCAGAAACUGCUGUAAAUUCUACCAAAAGAUCAGAAGCAAAAUCAUGGUUUGGGAAAUGCAUGAAACACUUGCAAUACGAUGUAGAAGAAUCAAGAGGUGCAUUAAUGGUAGUGGCUACAGUAAUUGCAACCGUGACUUUCCAAGCAGCAAUGAACCCACCUGGUGGUGUGUGGCAGCAAAAUUUUGCAAAUAACUCUGGUGGUCCUAAAUGCAGCGACACAAAUAUAUGUGAAGCUGGAACUGCUGUUCUAGCCUAUGCCUACCCAGAGGCAUACAUUUAUUACUCAACUUUCAACGGUAUUGCUUUUUUUGCAUCUCUGAGCGUCAUAGCUUGUGUGGGUGGAUUUCCUCUUCGGAAUAAGUUGUGCUUUUCCCUAGUAACUUCGAGAAAUUUCGUUUCAUUUUGUAUGUUAGUAAUCGUUGGAGUUUUGUAUCAUAUACUGGAAGCUCUUGUUUUUGUAUAG